AUGGCAAUGAAUUCACACACAGCACCAACUCAUGCAUCGUUGCACUUUUCAUCCUAUUUCCCAAAUUCACCUUCAUUAUUACCAUCUUUUAAACCAUCAAACCCUCUCUAUUUCACUCCUAUCAUCACAACAACAGCUCUUAAAUAUCAUCACAGACAAACAACACUAACCAGAUCAACCCUUGAUGAUAUUCAAAGAGAUCAACUUUCCUCAACCCCACUUGUUGAGUUAGAGGAAAAUGUGAAGGUGCUAAAAAAUGCAGCUAAGACAAGAAAGGUACCAGCGAAGGAGAUUCUUUCUGCACUGUCUUUCAUUGAGAAAGCAAAAGUUGAUCCUUCUGGUUUUCUUGACACACUUGGAGGAAAGGAAUCCCCUGGGAGAACAUGGAUGCUGAUUUUUACUGGAAAGACAAAAUUAGACGGUGGUCGGUAUUUUCCUCUCACAGCUAUUCAGAGAUUUGAUGCUUCUGCAAAGAGGAUCGAAAACGGCGUAUUUCUUGGACCUAUUGGACAAUUAACAUUUGAAGGCAAAUUUUCAUGGAAGAACAGAAUACUGUCUUUCAUUUUUGAGAAUAUUCGAAUAAAAGUUGGACCUUUAAAACCCAUAGAAAUCAGCCUUGGACAAAAGGAUGACAGGGAACCAAGUACCAAGGAUCCCUUUUUCAUCUGGUUUUAUGUUGACGAGGAAAUAGCUGUUGCUCGAGGACGAAGUGGAGGCACUGCAUUUUGGUGCCGGUGUCGUCAGGUUGAUAAUUGA